AGCAGCUGCAGGUUCCAUUUCUGUUUUGGCCCUUUCUGUUGUUUUUGUCCCCACCAACCACUUUCUCCUCACAUUCACCCUUUUAAGCCUUGCAUACCUCUUCCCCAACUCUUUACUCUAUUUCCAUCCCCUUUUCCUUUCCCAAACUCAAGCACACAUUUAUUGAAGUUCUACUAUUCUGAACUAGAUUGAUUACCAUAUCAUCAUUAAUUAUGGCUUCCUUUGUGUCCUUCAUGGCAAUGUUCAUGAUUUUCAUGGCUUAUUCUUCUUCUUCAUUAGCUACAAAGAUUUCCUCAAUCUCUGCAGCACCUGCAGUUUUACCAGGUACUCCAGCUCCACUAUCUUCAUCUCCGGCUUUAUCCCCAGAUAUUUCUCCUUUGUUUCCCUCACCUUCUGGUGUGCCACUUUCUCCAAGUGAGUCAUCACUGCCCACAAUCCCAUCAAGCCCCAGUCCCCCAAACCCUGAAGCUACUGUUGCUGCUCCUGAACCAGAAUUGGGGUUUUCACCAUCUGGGGCUCCUAUGCCCACUUCUCAUUCAGUUUCUGUUACUUCAUUAACUCUGCCUCUACAUGGAUUAUUCAUUCUUGGGUUGGUGGUUUUCUGUAUAUUGCAGGUUUCUGGUGUUUGAGAGAUUGAUGUAAUCUUGGUUGAACUGGAAAAGCUUCAAUUAUUAUGUAAUAGUGGUUCACUUUAUGUCUGUAAACUAUUUUGGUAGUAUAUAGAAUGCUUUAGUGUGAUCUUUAGGGUAAAUGCAGUGUGUGUCAUUCUUAAGAAUUGUGAUAGGAUAUUGUAUCCAACAGAAUUCAGAAAAAUAAAAGCUGUACCUUCAGUCUUUUAAUUUGUUGUUCUC